CAGCGGCUCAUCUGUGCCUUCUCUCCCACAGCAGAGGGAGGGAGGGGGUGAGGCGGGCUGGUAACCGGGCUGAACGUGAAUAACCUGCAGCCUCCGUCUCUCGGAUGCUCUGAUGGAGUAAACCGGGCAAAGAUGCGCUUUUUGGGGCCUGUUCUGUUGAACAUGGAAUGGGUUUCCAUGGCAACUCAGUGAAGCUUGGAUCUGGGGUUCAGAGGUCGCCAACUAAAACUACGCUUCCCCCUUUACCCCCGUACCCACGUUUACCGCCCCGUGUCCCUGGAAUCUGCCAUCUAAGACCCUCCCCUUUGGUUUCUCCUCGCACAUCACCUCACGGAGACGCACUCCCGAACAGCAACAGCGGCCGCUCAGCUUUUGAUGUCGAGCAAUCAGCUCCUCGCCACGCCCUCCUAGUCAUCUCCGGUAACAACUCUCACGCCCAGGCCUCAAGAUGAUGUGCGAGGUGAUGCCCACCAUCUCGGAGGACGGGCGCGGUGGUGGAGGGGGUGGCUCGUCGUCUCCGGCGGGCGUCGGAGGGAUGGGCGGCGGGAUCGGGGGCGUCGGGGGCUACAGCGGUCGAGACCCUCGGGGCGGCGGCAGCGGAGGAAGCGACGAAGGAGGAAGCACGGGGAACCUGGAAUCGCUGAUGGUGAACAUGCUGACGGAGCGAGAGCGGCUGCUGGAGAGCUUGAGGGAGACGCAGGACAGCCUGGGGACGGCGCACCUCCGCCUGCGGGAGCUGGGCCACGAAAAAGAGUCUCUGCAGAGGCAGCUGUCCAUCGCUCUGCCGCAGGAGUUUGCAGUGCUGACCAAAGAGCUGAACCUCUGCCGGGAGCAGCUGCUGGAGCGCGAGGAGGAGAUCGCAGAGCUGAAGGCUGAGCGCAACAACACACGACUGCUCCUGGAACAUCUGGAAUGCCUGGUGUCCCGUCAUGAGCGGAGCCUCAGGAUGACCGUGGUGAAGAGGCAGGCCCAGUCUCCCGCUGGGGUUUCCAGCGAGGUGGAGGUCCUGAAAGCUCUGAAGUCCUUGUUUGAGCACCACAAAGCUCUGGACGAGAAGGUGCGGGAAAGGCUACGAGUGGCCCUGGAGCGCGUGUCGGCCUUAGAAGAAGAGCUGCACACUUCCUCACAAGAGGUUGUAACUUUAAAAGAACAAGUCAAACGUCGGCAGCAAGGGCUGGAACCCGGCAAAGAGCGGCUUCCCAACGGCCCGUCUUCCAUCUUGGACGAUGGUGACACGGACCGACAGAGGGAGGGCGAGAUCGAGCGGCAGAGGUCAGAGCUGGGGCAGCUGAAGGAGAGGCUGGCCCUCAUGUGCCGACAGGUGGGGGAGAUUGAGGAGCAGCUCACAUCUGCAAGGAGGGAGCUGGCCCGAUCCGAGGAGGCCAACCAGAAACUCCAGCGGGAUUUAAAAGAAGCGCUUUGUCAGAGGGAGGACAUGGAGGAGAGAAUCACCACAUUAGAGCGCAGGUACCUGAGUGCCCAGAGGGAGGCAACGUCUCUCCACGACAUCAAAGAUAAGCUGGAAAACGAGCUGGCCAGCAAGGAGUCUCUUCACAGACAAAGCGAAGAGAAGAACCGGCAGCUUCAGGAGCGACUGGAUGACGCCAAGCAGAAGCUGCAGCAAACCCUGCAGAGAGCCGAGACGCUGCCUGAGAUCGAAGCGCAGCUCGCUCAGAGAGUGGCGGCUCUCAACAAGGCAGAGGAGCGUCAUGGUAACUUUGAGGAGCGGCUGCGACAGAUGGAGGCGCAACUGGAGGAGAAGAACCAGGAGCUACAGAGAGCGAGACAGAGGGAGAGGAUGAACGAUGAACACAACAAGCGUCUUUCCGACACCGUGGACAAACUGCUGUCUGAGUCCAACGAGCGGCUGCAGCUUCAUCUGAAGGAGAGGAUGGCUGCUCUGGAGGAGAAGAACGCCCUCUCUGAGGAGCUGUCCAACAUGAAGAAGCUCCAGGAUGAUGUGUUGGCAAACAAGGACCAGCUCAUAGCGGAGCUGGAGCGUCUCCAGCUGGAGUUGGAUCAGCUGAGAGCGAGGCCUGGGGGCUCUUAUUCAAGCCGCUCUCUGCCGGGCAGUGCCCUGGAGUUGAGGUACUCACAUGGAUGCGGGUCGCUCCCAGCAGGCUCCACCACUCACCUGGACCCCUUUAGUAACACCUCCGCCAUGGCUGUGGGGCGGCGGAGAGACCGGGCUCGCUGGAGCUCGGCCCGCGAGGACUCAAGCAAGUAUCCAGACUGGGAGAGUGGCGCUCUGUCGGGAACCGGCUAUGAGCCAGGCAUGGACAUAGGCUGCUCUGAUGACGACGAUGACGCCGAGCGACACUUUGGCUCCGGGCUGCUGUCGCCCAGUGGACAGACGGAUGUGCAGACUCUGGCCAUCAUGCUGCAGGAACAGCUGGAGGCCAUCAAUAAGGAGAUCAAGCUGAUCCAGGAAGAGAAGGAGAACACAGAGUUACGGGCCGAGGAGAUCGAGAGCCGAGUGAGCGUGGCUUUGGACAGUCCGCCCAUUCCUCCCUCCUCCCUGGGGAGAGACAGCGCCGGACAGGGUUUCAUCCCUUCAUCCAUCACGUCCUCCACCCUGGCCUCUCCUUCUCCACCCAGCUCGGGAACUUCCACCCCCCGUCUGCCUCACUCCCCGGCCCGUGAGAUCGACAGACAGAACAGCAAAGAUGACGACCGCGCCCUUGCUCUCAUUGACUCCACGCCUCCUUCGACUCCUAUCCUGUCCAGUCGUGGUCUGCGGCUGGACCGGAUGGCGCUCACCCAUCCAGGAGCCAUGCUCGAUGACCCCCGCGAGUUUCGCAGCCUUUCUGCAGAUGGCAGCAGCUCCAACAGCAGCCAAGAUUCUCUGCACAAGUCCAGCAAGAAGAAAAGCAUCAAGUCUUCCAUUCGUGGGUUUUUUGGAAAGAAGGAGAAAGGACGGAUGGGCCAACCCGGGCGUGAAGGAUCUGUUUCUGCAGCCUCCACACCCUGUGAAGACACGUCGUCAGGAGAUGCCAUGGGGAUAAACAAGACAGGCACUCUUGGUCCGGCAGACAAAGACCGCCGCAGCAAAAAGAAGCAUGAACUGCUGGAAGAAGCUUGUCGUCAAGGGCUUCCCUUUGCGUCUUGGGAUGGGCCUACUGUUGUGUCCUGGUUAGAAUUGUGGGUUGGAAUGCCCGCCUGGUACGUCGCCGCCUGUCACGCCAACGUGAAAAGCGGCGCAAUCAUGGCCAACCUGUCGGACACAGAGAUCCAGCGGGAGAUCGGCAUAAGUAACCCGCUGCACCGCCUCAAGCUGCGGCUGGCCAUCCAGGAGAUGGUGUCCCUCACCAGCCCGUCGGCGCCGGCUAGCACACGCUCUUCCACCAGUAACGUGUGGAUGACCCAUGCAGAGAUGGAGUCUCUGAACGCCGCCACCAAACCCCCGGAGCUGAAAGAAUUCAGCUGGGAUCAGAUACUGGCCUAUGGUGAUAUGAAUCACGAGUGGGUGGGCAACGAAUGGCUGCCCAGUCUGGGCCUGCCGCAAUAUCGCAGCUAUUUCAUGGAGUCCCUGGUGGAUGCCCGAAUGCUCGACCACCUGACCAAGAAAGAGCUUAGAGGACAGCUGAAGAUGGUGGACAGUUUCCACAGGGUCAGCAUGCACUACGGCAUCAUGUGCCUAAAGCGCCUAAACUACGAUCGCAAGGAGCUGGAGAGGAGGAGAGAAGAGAGUGUCCACCAGAACAAAGAUGUGAUGGUCUGGUCCAAUGAGCGUGUGAUGUGCUGGGUGCAGAGCAUCGGGCUGAAGGAGUACGCCGACAACCUCCGGGAGAGCGGCGUGCACGGCGCUCUGCUGGCUUUGGACGACACGUUUGACUACACAGACCUUGCACUGCUGCUGCAGAUUCCCAAUCAGAACACGCAGGCCAGACAGCUCCUGGAGCAAGAGUACAACUCCCUCAUCUCCAUGGGAACAGAGAGACGACCCGAUGAGCAGGAUGGAGCGAAGACGUUCACACGCUCUCCCUCCUGGAGAAAGAUGUUUCGGGAGAAGGACCUCCGCGGCGUGACCUCCGACUCCUCCGAGACCCUGCCUGCUAACUUCCGUGCCUCCGCCAUCUCCACUCCAUCUGUGACCCUAAGAAAGGUUCAGAGUGAAGCCAGCUCUGGUGCCCGGGGUGAAUCCGCCUCAGUGAGGACGUACUCCUGUUGAGGGGCUGAGGUGCUGACCGGACCUGGAGGAAAAGGACCUUCUCGCUCAUCCACGGAGAAAGAAGCAAUUAAUAUAACCGUUUUCACUUCAAUUAAACGUACGUCUCUGACCAUUUUGCAAUAACAGAAGCUUAGGAAGAAAUGGGAAAGUGACAUGAAGAAUGUAUUCUCAGACUAGAAGGGUUGAGAGCUGUUUUCUCUCCGUCUUCUCUCUCUUUACGGCCUUCUGCACUGUGGGCUGAAUCGGUUAGCUCGCUGCAGGCCGUGCAGGAUUCCUGUCAGUCAGGAAGAUUUCUCUUGCUAGCAUUUUUCCUUUCACUUUCAGGAUUGAAAAACAAGAGUGCUGUUGGCGGGAGUGAGCCAUUGUGAUCUGUUUGUUGGCGUUUAUAAAAAAAAAAACCUGGAUUCAGACCGUUUAGCUUCAGCCACAUCUGAGGGACUCUCUUAUAGACUGUAUCUGAGAGCUGGACAGUGAAAGUGUGAAAAAGGCUAACAUCCAGCUCCAACCAAAUGAAGUCAAGUCAGUCUGCAUUUUUUCGCAAUAUGUUGAAACCAGAUAAAGGGUGUGUCCAAAUUGGAGGGCUGCGUUCUUCCUGGGCUGCUGACCUCAGAGCGCCGCGACAAUUGCUGCCCAAAUUCAACGACUCCUUCAGAUGCGGCCAACAAACACGGCCGCCUUUUUCCCGAUUUCAAGGAUUGUCUGGUGUAUCCUUCUAUGCUGAAGAUGCAUUGUGGCCCAACCCGGAGAUUUUCCCACAACAAUGACGGACUGCAAAGUGGGAGGCGGAGUUGGAAAUAAUGACACCUUUUUAUAAUUACACCUCCAAGAUUAAAAGUUGGAUCAAAUAAGCUCCAUGCCUGGUUCACUACUCCUCUCUGUUCGGGACUCACGGUUGCUAGGCGACAGGACAUUCGCCGAUGUAGCGGCUGGAAUUAUCCAAAGGCUAAACUCGUCCAAAUUCACAGUCGUUAACAUCCGACCUACCGGCUCGGCGAAGGACCCGGCCAUUGAAGGAAGCAGCUCUCGAUUUUGGACACAGCCAUCGUCAGAAAGCAGUGAUUGGUGCGAGUUGGUCGAAGUCAAUGUUUCUACGGCAACCACUUUCACCAAACCAGGAGUGAGCUUGUUGGAAGUCCACACCCCCUACCACCUGAAAGCGGGCUUAACUAAAUAAUUUUGAACGCUGGGGCCAGGAGGCUCCACCUAAUUUUGUUGAGACACCUGAUUGGUCAGUUUAUAACUUGAACCACAGAAAGAAUAUAAAGGAAUGAAGAUUAUCAAGAAUGACUAAGUGGCAGCUGUUUAUUUCUCUAUAGAAGUCUAUGGAAUUUUGGCUGUUUGGAGCAAACGGGCACUUCCUGUUUGCAACCCCAGGGGGGAAGGGGUCACUCAGUCCAGUUCUCAUAUACAGUCCUUGGACCCUCCCCAGGCUUAUCCGUUAGCACCCAAGUGAUCUUUUUUUUUAAUAUGGAGAUGAAAGGCUCAGAGGGGUGGGGAUGAGGCGUCCCGCAGAGCUGUUAAGUUUGCUAACUAGGUGGCAGGAAACCCUCGAGUCACUUUAAAUGUAAUCAUCUCAAAAAGGUUAACUCUCCUGGCGGGGCCUGGUCUGAAACCCGGAAAUGAGAACUUCUAUAGUUCUUUAUAACUCAGAAGUUUUCCCGAAUGGACGACACUUUAUGUCUGAAGUUUUUAAGAAAUGCUGGUGUGGAUGAAUCCUUCAUAAAAGAGGGUUUGUUUGGGUGAAGGCAGAGCUGAUGGAGAGACAAAAACAGCAGUUUACAAGGAGAAAAACAAUCCAAAAAGGAAAAUGGGACAUUUGAUUGAACACACAAGCCAUAACAGGAAUGAAAAGCUUUUCAGAAGAUGGAAAGGCGGCAGCAGGAGGAGGAGGAGGAGGAAGAGGAGGAGGCCCAGGAAACAAAACCUUUAGCCUUUGUGUUUACGAUGCAUGUCAAAUAACGACUAUGACCUAAAACUUUUCUUUUUUGGUAGUGAAGAUGAGGUGUUUUAAAAAAAAACACACCAAAAAAAACAAACAAGAAAAAUUAUAUAACUGUAUGAUAAACUUACAAGGGGAGGGGAAGCCUGGGGGAAUCAAUUUGUAAAAUGUGUGUAUUUUUUUCAGUUGUAUUUUUUAUUUUUUACAAUAACUACUUAUUUUCUUCAGGUAUGUAUUGGAUAAAUGUAUGUACAUGUUCUUGACUUCAUUUCAACGGUAAUCACGAAACAUUGAAAAUGUUGGAUUCCAAUAAUACGUGUACAUUUUGAGAACAAAUUGUGCAACGAUUUAAACAGAUCCAUGACUGAAGUGAUCGUCAGACGAGUUGAAAAUAUCAUCUGGAGAAAA